CCAAACCAGCGAAUAAAGCUCCAUGACUGGUGUUACAAGUUGGAGUUCGUGUCGAUGAUUGAUUGUACACAACGCAAGAAGAGUACUGUUACAAAUGCAGCCAUUGCCCAGAAAGUCGCCCCAUCUACAAAACACACACACCGUCAGCAUCUGUCUGUCCAAGAUACUGUGUGUGUGUUGCAGGGACUGGGUGCUCCAGUGGGCACCAUGCUGGCUGCCCCUCAAGACUAUAUCUCCAGGGCGGUGCGUUGUUGUAAAUCCAUAGGCAGAGGGCUGCGCCAUGUGGGCAUACUGUCAGCUGCUGGCAAGCUGGCAUUGGAGGACAUGGUCAACAUGCUGGAGACCGUGUGGCACCUGGGCAUCUCCCUGGAGGACACACAGCUGACACUCCAAAAGCUGCAGCACUCUCAUAAGAGGCUCAGGGCCCAAUAAAACCUGGGGCUCACAUAUACAGUUGAAGUCGGAAGUUUACAUACACUUUGGUUGGAGUCAUUAAAACUUGU